CAAUGGCAACGAAAAAGAAGAAAAUUCCAUAUGGAGGAGAAGAAGUCUUAGCUAACACUCUUUCUCUUCUUUUUCCCUUCCAAUUCUCUGCUCAGUACAAGAAGAAAAUCCCAAUAUUCGCCGAAACACAAGCAAACGACACAUACCCAUCAACAAAUGCUUGCUCUGAACCCCAAGCUCAAAGCUUUACUUGUUUCUACACUCUCACUGCCUUCUCCAGCUUUCUCUACAUUUUUCUUUGUCUAAGUGACCACACACAGCGGCCAACUACUGUAAUAACACCAGGAAUUUAUAGAGAGAGAGAAUAUUACUGCCCAACAAGACAGUAGAUAAAGAAAUAAUACAGAGUCGUGGGUUUGGUUUGGUGAAGCUGGAUAUGGCGUUUGCUUCCAUCUUUUGUUGUGGAAAGGGUUUGGAUCGGAAAGAACGAGGAAAGAAACAGCCCACUUGGCGGAUCUUUUCCUUGAAGGAGUUACAUGCAGCAACAAACAAUUUCAAUUAUGAUAACAAGCUGGGAGAAGGAGGAUUUGGCAGUGUUUACUGGGGUCAGCUUUGGGAUGGAUCACAAAUUGCUGUUAAAAGGUUGAAGGUCUGGAGUAACAAAGCAGAUAUGGAAUUUGCUGUUGAGGUUGAGAUACUAGCACGUGUUCGACACAAGAACCUGCUGAGUCUACGUGGUUAUUGUGCUGAAGGACAAGAACGUCUCAUUGUAUAUGACUAUAUGCCAAACUUGAGCUUGCUCUCUCAUCUCCAUGGACAGCACUCAGCUGAAUGUCAUCUUGACUGGAAAAGGCGAAUGAAUAUUGUAAUAGGUUCUGCAGAGGGGAUUGCCUACCUUCACCACCAUGCAACCCCACAUAUCAUCCACAGAGACAUCAAAGCUAGUAAUGUGCUGCUAGACUCAGACUUCCAGGCGCAGGUUGCUGAUUUUGGAUUUGCAAAACUAAUCCCUGAUGGGGCAACACAUGUAACCACAAGAGUUAAAGGUACACUUGGCUACCUUGCCCCUGAAUAUGCUAUGCUUGGGAAAGCAUCAGAGAGCUGUGAUGUAUAUAGCUUUGGCAUUCUCUUGCUAGAGCUUGCCAGUGGCAAGAAACCCCUUGAGAAAACUAGUGGAACUAUGAAGCGAACAAUUACUGAUUGGGCUCUGCCAUUAGCAUGCGAAAGGAAGUUCAGCGAGCUGGCAGAUCCAAAGCUAAAUGGUAAGUUUGAGGAAGAAGAGUUGAAAAGAGUUAUUCUUGUUGCUCUCAAGUGUGCUGACAAUCGGCCCGAGAAAAGACCUACAAUGCUGGAGGUUGUAGAGCUACUGAAAGGGGAAUCAAAGGAGAAAUUGGAUGAAUUAGAAAACGAUGAAUUGUUUAAGGCACCCCAGCCUGCCGAUUCAAAUGAUGGAGUAUCAGUUGCUGAAGACAGCUCAGACUUCAUCUCAGAGGAGAAGGAUCCAAGACAAGAAGUGAAGGAAAUUGGACAAUAGAAAACUCAAUAAUACCUUUGUUUUGCGUUGUUUGUUUAGGUGUAAAACUGGGUUUGGUUUACUGGGUAUUUUACUUGGAACAUGAGGUGGCGCUGGCAAUCCAUUUAUUAGAAUUGUCAGGAAAUGAAAGCGUGCUACAAGAAUUGUGCGUAUGGGCUCAUUUUGUUGUUUUGUUUUGUGUAGGUUUUUCACUUGUUCCUUCCAUGAAAUAUUUCUGUUUUUUCAUGGAUACUUGUGCAUUUUAUUGAUUACUGUGUAUUCUCAUCGUCUCUUAAAUAUUUUGGUUUGAGAAGUUUCAAUUA